UGAUUUUGUAGAAUUCCCAAAAAAUUGCUUCGAUUUCUUCGGGAAGCAGAUGAUUGUUCUAAGAGCCCAAACUAUACCAACCAUCAGACAUUCGUCAUAAAUCAAUAUGGGCUCAUAGACCCGAAGGAAGAACUAGCAAAAACCUAAAUAAGAAGAAAAAAAGAAGAAGGCUAAAGAAGAAGAAGGCUAAAGAAGCAUUCAAAUGUCAAGCGUUACGGAAGAGAUCUACCUUGAAAUCCUUCUAAGGGUACCAGUGAGAUCAACAUUUACAUGUAAGUGUGUUUGCAAAACUUGGUUUUCCAUAAUAUCUAACCCUAGUUUUGUCAAGAUGCACCUUAAUCUUACUAUCCAAAGAAACAAUCCUACUCUCAUGCUUAAAGGUUGUAACGACAACAGUGAAGAUGAAUUUACUAACGCAGUUUACUCCAUUGGUUAUGAUACAUUAUUAUCGCCAGUGACUGAUAGUGCAGAUGAUGUUUUUGAAUUGGAUGAUCCAUUCAAACCCUUAGUUAAUUAUGUUAAUUUGAAAGGUUCGUGCAAUGGUCUACUUUGCUUAGGGUAUGGUAAUGAUUCUGAGGAAUUCUUUUGCCUUUGGAACCCAGCAACUAAAGAGAUCAAGAUAAUACCCAAAUCACCCACUGAGUAUGAGGAUGUACAUAGUGAGGUUUUUGAUUUUGUUUAUGACUGGAAGACUGAUGAUUACAAGUUAAUAAUACUGGUGAUCUUUGAGGGAGAUAAAGACAGAUGUUUAGUCGAUGUUUAUUCGCUAGCAUCGAAUUCAUGGAGAGUUAAUAAGCCCCCACCGCCUUAUAUGUUUCCUUUUAGGCGAGAAAUUGGGGAGAUUGUUAACGGAGCUUUGCACUGGUUAUGCAAAACGCCUGAUGGAUGCUCUACGUUAGUUAUCUCUUUGGAUGUUAGCGACGAAUAAUUUAAAGAAUUGCCACUGUCGAAAGAACUUUUGAAGGAUAAGCAUAUGCUGAUGACUGUGGGAGUGUUGGAAGGGUGCCUUUGUCUACUAGCUAAGGUUGAUAAGGUUGGUGUUGAAGUUUGGGUGAUGCAGGAUUAUGGAGUCCGUGAAUCUUGGACUAAACGUUUUAUCUUUAACCAUGAGAGGAUUGUGAAUACCAAUUAUUUGAGGCUUAUGUGAUAUUUCAAAAAUGGUCAGAUUCUACUUAAUGAUUGUGGUAAUUUAGUUAUAUAUGUCAUGAAGCAUUCAAGUGUUAGAGAACCAAACAACUUUCGUAGUUUAACAUUCUACGAUGCAGAUAAUUAUGUAGAAAGCCUAGUUUCACUCAACUCUGGUACUUAUUUGGGGAGAGAUGAAAUGGGAGAACAUGAAGAGGCCUGAGAAGAACAACACUGUUAUAUGUCAUUAGUCCUUAUUAUAUUUUUUUAUCAUGGCUGAUGUUGAUCUGCAACUGUUUUAGGGAACAGUUCGAAGAGAGAAAGUAUAAACGAGGUGAGGAGUUAAUAUUUUGCACUUGGCUUCAAUGUUUUCGUCCACCUUGUGAACCUUUUGGUAUGUACCUUGUAAGAAACUGAAACUUGUAGUCUCCAUCCAUUACAUAUUGAUGCAAUUUUCUAUUUGAAAUUUUGGUUUA